AUGCUAUUGAUAGGAGACGACAUCCACUCGUCGAUACAACUUGAAGUGGAUUAUCCAUCUAAUCACCGAGACCAAAAGCUACCUAUCCUAGACUUAAAGGUGUGGUUAGAAACGAGAGAAAAGGAAAUAGAAAAUCAAGUUGUUAACAUGUCAGUGAUCAUGUACAAGUUGUACUCCAAAGAGAUGGUCUCUAAACCUGUCAUUAACGCUAGAUCCGCUUUAAGCUGGAGUACUAAGAGGACAGUGCUGACUCAUGAUGUCCUAAGAGUUCUACUUAAUUGUAGCAAACUGUUACCAUGGGAGAGGGUGGUGGAGAAUGUUAAAGAGAUGGUUUUGAGAAUGCAGUACUCGGGAUACAGCGAGAAAUUCAGGUGUGAGGUUGUCAACACGGCCCUUAAGGCAUAUGAUACGAGUAAGAAAGCCUAUCAAGAAGGAGAAAGACCGUUACAUCAACCCAGAGAAUUGAAGAGAGAGGAACGAGACCAAGAAAAAGUGAGGAAGAGAAGCAACUGGUACAAGAAAGGCAGAAACGAGGUGGUAAUCUUUGUACCAUCUAUGCCGAAUUCACAGCUACAGAGGAGAUACCAGAAAGAAAUAAUGAAACAAGGUUUCAAAAUCAAAGUCGUAUAA